AGAUGCCCCUGGAUGUUCAAUGAUAGCACUCCUCCAUACUGGAGCAGCAAAGUUUCCCCAAAACUUACUUCCAAGGGCAAGACAAGCUGUGUGCUCCCUCCUCCCGGCUGGUGUUCUCAAAGGGUACGGCUCCAUCGUAAGCAGGAAACUGGCGUCCCACGGCUUUGGAGCUUCCAUGGCAGCAAUGUCAUCCUUCCCUCCACAGAGAUAUCACUACUUCUUAGUGCUGGAUUUUGAGGCUACGUGUGAUAAACCACAGAUUCAUCCUCAGGAAAUCAUCGAAUUCCCUAUCCUGAAGCUGAAUGGCAGGACGAUGGAGAUUGAAUCCACCUUUCACAUGUAUGUUCAGCCUGUGGUGCAUCCCCAGCUUACGCCCUUCUGUACAGAGCUGACUGGGAUUAUUCAAGGCAUGGUGGAUGGGCAGCCAAGCCUCCAGCAAGUGCUUGAGAGGGUUGACGAGUGGAUGGCGAAGGAAGGCCUCUUAGAUCCCAGCGUCAAGUCGAUUUUUGUGACCUGUGGAGACUGGGAUUUGAAAGUGAUGUUACCAGGACAAUGCCAGUACUUAGGGCUGCCGGUUGCUGAUUACUUCAAACAGUGGAUUAAUCUGAAAAAGGCGUACAGCUUUGCCAUGGGGAGUUGGCCAAAGAACGGGCUCUUAGACAUGAACAAAGGACUGAACCUACAGCACAUAGGGAGGCCUCACAGCGGGAUAGACGACUGUAAGAACAUCGCCAACAUCAUGAAGACACUGGCCCAUAGAGGCUUCAUCUUCAAGCAGACCUCCAAACCCUUUUGAUCCCCAAGGCAAGCCAGGCAAGGGCUGCAUGUGCCCGGCGCCGGCGAGGCGGGGAGGACGGGCUCCAGCAUUAAAAAAAACCGGCAACCGAGGCCAGAGGAACCGACACAAAAAAUCUCAAUUUCAGCUGUUAACUCCAGUAGAGGUUGUAUAUAUGGAAAGGCAAAUCUGUGUAGACCUGAUGUGACUCCCUCUCUGGGCUGCUCCGGACAUUAUGCCAUGCUAGCGGACAGCCGCGUAGGGCGCUUGCACCACAUUUUAGACUCGUAGUUUGUUCUUUUUCUUUGGCUCCCGAUUUCCGUCCCUCCCUCCAUAUCCCACCCCGUCCUCCCUCUCCUGCCCUGUAGCCAGAGCAUCCCCCAUCUCCUCCCUGGCAUGGGCCGUCCCCGCCUUCCCUUCUUCUUUCUUUUCUCUGGUUUUAUGUUUUCAGGCCUCGACGGCUGCUGCAGUGA